CUCAGGUCCACGUCUCAUCAUGGAACCACCGUCGCUGCGCGAGCUCGAACUCGAGACGCUCCUCAGGGAACGCGACUCUCAGGUCGCUGAGCUCACGGAUGAAGUCAACAGGCUGCGGAAAUACCUCACUGUACAACCCGCGCAUUUAGGCUCUGACCCUCUCUCCCUUCCACCCGCCUUGCUGUCAUUAUUACAGUCGUAUAUCAACGUUCAACCGUCACAGGGCGCUCAAGGCUCUGCUUCAACUACUAUGACCACAGCGCUCAUACAGCGAACACGUGUCCUUCAGGAAGAGAACGAUGAGCUUUAUGGUCUACUCCGUGCCAGUGAAACUGGUCAGCUCAAGGAAGAAGUACGCUCUUUAAAAAAGGUCGUUUCUCGACUUGACCGGGCGCUAAAAGACUCACAUGGAGUUAUUUCAUCACUCUCUGAGGAAUUGGAGAAGUCCCACACAACGUUCCUGUCGCACCAACCAAAAUCAAAUGCAGACCGACGCGAGUCUCGUUCUCCAUCUCGAGCCUUGGGUCUCUCGAUCAGGGCAGAGUCUCCAAAUGUCAGCAAUAAUGGUGAUAUUAAACCGCUGCCAACUGGUCCUCGUGCACACAAAAAGCCUAGACUCAGCGAGCCUCGGGGUUCUCCAGCCCAUUCAACCUCCAACUUGCCACUCUCAAACUCAAAUUCCACCCCUCUCGGUACUUCGGGCCGUCCGCCGCGACGAGAUCGCUCACCUCGUAGUGGUGACGGUCGGAGGACGCCCAUAAAGGAGCCUCGUAUGGAUGGUGACGAGGACGUCAAGAAAGGGCGCGACCGCUCGCACGACAGGCCACGAGAGAAGGAAAGAGACAGGGACCGACAGCGCGAGCGUGAACGUCCCCGCGACCAUCACGACCGACCCAGGGAACGAAGUCGGGAAGUCGACCGACGCAAGGAGAAGGAGAAAGAAAAGGACAGAGAAAGAGAGCGCGACCACGACCGAACGCGUCGCAAUGGUCGAGGACCAGGCGGAGGCGGAGGCGGCCGUAAAAGCGGACGCGGAAACUCUAGUCAAGAUGAUCGAACACUUAGACAACGCAUGGGACUUUGAAGAGAUAAAAGGGCUCGGAGGUAACAAGUAUGAGUACUCCGGUGAGAUCGUUCCGACUUCUUGAUUAUAUAUGGUAUAAUGUUGCGCUUCGUUUACAUUGUCUCUCUGUGAUAAUACUCUGUACUGGUAUGUUUAUUCCGAUUUACACGAGCUUCACUGUAUCAUUAUGACAUCUCUUGCACCACAUCGCUCUUGGACGAGUUGACUUAUUCUCGUAGAUCUGCUCUGUCUCGUCUCAUCCGCAUCUUUCCGCAUUGUCUGAUUUAUAUUUUCACAUUGCCACUGUCAUCUACAUUACUCGUAUGUUUAGAACAUUUUUUACUUCCCAUUUUUACACGUUUCUCACUCUAUGUUUGAUCUGUACACCACCAUUACUGUUUCAUGAUAACCUUCACACGUCUUUCACGUCUCUUUUAUCCACAUCUCGCAUCUUCAUCCCGAAUUCCGUCUUAUUUCACAUUCGCAGUCAUUCC